AUGGUAAAUGAAUACAAGAGAAUUGUUCUACUGCAAGGACUAGAGUUCAUUAAUGAUCAUUAUUUUAGCUUAUUUAAGUCAUUAAUGUCUAGUGAUUUAAAACUGAAGAGAGACAUUCAAGAGAAUUAUACCAAGGUUCAGAUUGCUGACAUUAUGGAAGAUGAAUUCCCUGCUGAUGCUGGAUUGGGCACACUGAUAGUGUUCUGUGAAUAUAUACCAGCUCUUAAAAAACUUGCUGAAACUCUUCAAAAAGAGAGAUCAAAAGUAAAAGGAAAAACCCCACUGGAAAAAAAGAAGCAAAAAGCAGGCUCUGCUAUACCUACAUCGACUACAAGCCACAGUUUAGCAUCUGAAGGAGGGAAGACAUCCACAGGUCAGGUGAGAUUAACUGAGGAAUGGCAGAGCACUGGUAGUCCACAGAGGCAGAGGCGGUCCCUCUUCCCCCGAGUCUGUCCAUCAAGUACUCACUGGCCAUGAAUAUACUUUCAGAAAAGAAAAAGUAUGAGUAAAGAAAAGACUGGAGUGAAAAAGACGAAAGGUUUGGAGGGCCCAGAUCUCCCUCUCUGUCCUGAAGAAACCACAGCGAGGUUCCAGUCACCAAUAUCCCAGGUCUUACCUUCGACUUCAUCCAACAUUUCUUCAACCCAUAACCAAAAAUCACAGGGCACGUGUCAAAAUAUUACCAGAGGUGCUAUUCUCCAAAAGGAUGCCAUGACAGUGAUGGUGCUCAACUCAACAGAUCCAUUUGAAUAUGAGUCAUCAAAACAUGGAAGAAAGACCAUGUUUCAUGCUACAGUGGCUACUGUGAAGCAUUAUUUCCAUGUGAAAGUUUUCAAUGUCGACCUGAAAGACAAGUUCAAAAAAAAUAAUGUCAUCGUCAUUUCCAAUUACUUCAUGAGCAAAGGAAUCCUAGAGAUAAAUGAAACUUCCUCUGUGGUUAAGGCUGGUUCUGGACAAAAAAUUGAAGUCUCCAAAAGUCUUAUCCAAAGAGCAAAUAAAACUCCCAAGAUCUCUGAUAUUAAGCUGGGUAAAUCCGGACUACUGAUUUAUGGCUUGUUUACAUUAAUGAAGAAAAGAGUGAACCCAAAGAACACAAUCUACAAAAUAAAAGACAAUACAGGAAGUCAUAUGGAAGUGGUGGGGAAUAGAAAAUGGCACGACUUCCACUGUGAGGAAGAAGAUAAACUCCAACUCUACUGCUUUCAGCUGAAAAUAAUUGACAAGAAACAAAAAUUAGUGUGUGGAGAUCACAGUUUCAUUGAGUUAGUCACAGAAAUUGGGAAGAAAAAGGGAAUACCCACUGCCCAUUCAAGCACAAAAGAUGGACAAGAAAAUGUCUACUUGCAACACCGAUUCUGUGGUUUUAAAGAAGAGACACCCAGUUAA